GUAAACCAAUAAAAAAAGGACUACAAUGAUCCCCUUUAUAGACAAGAGUAAAACAUCUUUAGACAAGAGGAUAAAAAUAGGGUCACGAUAGCUACAGUACUAAAAUUAGCCCCCAGAAUAGUCCAUCUCGGGUUAUUCUUAGAGUAAUUGACAGACAAUGAACGGCCAACGGAGGGGUCAUGGUAGAAAUGGCCGUCCAAAAUGAUUUAAAAAAGAAGAACAAGAAAGAACCAAUUGUACUAGAGUCAACUACUAGACCCCCCGAAGGAGAUCGUAGAUAGUGCGGACUAGGGGUCAAUCGUGAUUGGCCGAUAACUCCCAAACAGAAACAGGGCGGUCCCGUUGAAUUAGUCGAGAUAUAGGCAAAAGCCAUAGGCAGAUAUCCUGUUGGGAUCAAACCCGGGGGUAAUCUGAUGAGUCUCUGUUUGAAGUGAUUAUCACGCAGGGAAACUAAGGGAUAGCCCGGCUUCUCGCCUAAUUAGCAAAUUUAGUGCAGAGCCUUAAGAAGUUUAUAAAGACACUGGCUGAGGAGAGGAGGGGACAGUCCUCAACAUAUCAACUCAUAUCAACUCACCAGGAUAGCCACCGGAUAGCAGCAGCUUAACCGCAGUCCUACUGCUACUUUGAGCUGUUCUACAACUAGCAGACCAGACCUGAAGACAGUCUCUCUCUGACUGAUGAGAAUGCCACACUUAAGGGACUGUAGUUAUUACAAGAUGCGAGACGGAGGCCGAGUUUCCAACGUCCAGAGCCACCUGGAGGGCUCUAAGUUCCACCUGCACCAGGCCCAGAGUCAGCAGGUCAAGCAGUACCUGACGCUGGGUUCCAAGGUGGCCGGGGGACAUGGGGGCCACCCUCACCCCACUGGGCAGGGAGGGCAACUCCUGGGCCACAUGGCCCCCCUCAGUGAUGGCAGCACCCCCAGCAGCCCUGUUACACUGCUGACCCUGGCAUCAAACCAUGACAGUGAGUUUCCAAUGGAUGAAGUUAUUGAUGACUUGAUUAGCCUGGAGUCCGGCUUCAAUGACGGGGGCUUGGAUUGUAUGGAUCCCAGCAUCAUAAUGCAAAACAAUGUGCUCAGCAGCAGCAUGCUGGACAUCUAUGGGGGUGAACCAGGUAUGACCACGGCCGCUCAUAGCCGAACGACACCCACCUCACGCCCCCACUAUGCUCACUACUGUAAAAAUGGGAAGUCGCAGGUUCCGGCUCUGUGCAAGGUUCAGGCUAUGUGGAAGGUUCAGGCUAUGUGGAAGGUUCAGGCUAUGUGGAAGGUUCAGGCUCUGUGCAAGGUUCAGGCUCUGUGCAAGGUUCAGGCUCUUGAUAUGCGCUGGAACAAAGGCACCAUUCUCAAGGCGUCGGUGGAGUACAUCAAGUGGCUGCAGAAGGAGCAGCAGCACGCCAGAGAGAUGGAGAACAGGCAGAAGAAGAUGGAGCAGGCCAACAGGAGGCUACUGCUCAGGAUCCAGAUCCAGGCCCGUGCUCACGGCCUCCCCAGCAUGGCCACUGUCCUGGGUACUGUAGAGCUCUCCUCCCACCUCCUCAAACAACAAAAACAGCAGCAGCAGCAGCAGCAGCCCUUGGCUCCCCAGUCACAGCAGGGUCUCCAACCACCCCUGUACCAGGAAGAGCUGAACGAGGAGUACCUCCAGAGGACCUCCAUGCCAGCCAUGGUCACCGGGGUUACAGACCAGGGUCAGGGGGUGGUUGAUGGCUCCACCACUUUCUCCGACCCGCUGUCUCACUUCACAGACUUCUUCAGCUCCACGCUCAAAGAGGAGCAACGGCUGGACGAGAUCCUCAUGGACAACCCGCUCUCGCCUUUCGGCACCGACCCGCUUCUCUCCGCCGGCUCGCCCGACGCCUCCAAGGACUCCAGUCACAGGAGCAGCUUCAGCUCGGACGAUGGCGACGAUGACCUAUGAUCCCUGACCCCUCCGCGACCCCACGGUGACCCCGUGUCAAAGGUCAAAGGACAAACAGCAGUUGGUCACCCUCACAAAGUGGUGCAGGGAUUUGUUCCAGCCCAGUACCAACAUAUCCGAUUCCACUGACCAGCUCGAAUCAUUGAGAGCUUGGUUCGUGGGCUCAGGUGUGUUAGUGCUGGGCUGGAGCAGAAGCCUGCACACCCUGUGGCUCUCCAGGACCAGGGUUAGUUACCACUGGCACUCCCACUUUUUAAAAACUUUGGUCGAGAGUACAUACAGCACCUCUGCCUUGCAGACAGAACCAGACUCAUGAGAAAAAGGGAGAAAGACAAUCGGUCCAUACUGAUCAUAUAAUACUGCUCCACAGUGCAUUGAACACUGGGGUUGUUGAACACCACUGUAAACUAUAAAGACUACUUCACUGUACCUAUCAUGUGUCUUUGCGACAUGCCAAAAGAGGAUUGCUUCCUUUUCAGAGGUAUAGUAUUACUGUUAUUGUAUAAAAGGACUUUAAACCAUUGAGGUUCACUGAUGGGCCCUAUCUAGAGCUAGUUACUGGUGGUUCCUCUUCCAAACAGAAAUGAAAACGUCCUUCGUUCAUCUUUACAUUUAUUUUUAUAAAAUGUUUUAUGUAUUUAUAUGUGUUUUAAUCCAUGUAUUCCUAAAAAACAUUACAUUAUCUAACAUGCUCUCUUUUCUAUUGGUGGGGGUGGGGAAAAUAUAAUAAACCCCUUUUUUAAAUAAUUCA